UGGUGUGAUGGACGUCACUAUAUCACUCCGCACAUGGCUGAGAAACGUGGACAACACAGAUCGGAUAUCUUUUUGUUCAUUCGCUCAUUCCACUUAAAAGGACUGUAAUUAAUCCAAAUGACUUAAUUUGCAGGGUAUCCACAACACUCAUUUUUUUCUCCGUUUCAAAAACUCGCAAAGUAGUUCCCCUAAAGUUGUGAAGGGGUUUUAUCAGCUGAUAUCUUUUGAUCGGGGACGUCUGCAUUUACGGAAACGCUGCAAAGUCACUCAGGGACAAGAUGUUGGCAACAUUACGUGGCUGGUUGGCCGUUGUAGCAGUAAUGGCAUUUGGUAAUACUCUACAGUGCUUCAGGAACCAUGGCUUCCUGGCUGAUCGACUGUACACUGGAACCCCUGAUCUUGUGAAUGGCCUGCAGGCACGACUGUUUGGCAUGUGGACUCUGCUGGCAGCUAUAGUCAGGCUCUACUGUGCUCUUGACAUCACAAACAGAUCGCUUUAUUAUGUCACCAUGUCAUCGUUUGUUCUUGCCCUUGGACAUUUCCUGCUGGAAACAUUUGUGUACCAAACAGCCACUCUUGAUAUAGGUGUCAUCACACCAAUUAUAGUUUCAGGUGUUUCCCUGGUCCUGAUGGUGGUAGGUCUGUGGCACAUGGAGCCAGCUGAGAGCUACCAGCAGCACCAGGGCAGAGCAGUAGACACUAAAGUCCUCCUGGAGCAAGAAAUGCUCAAGGCUAGGAAGAAGCGCACUUGACUCAAUAUUCUAUUGCUAUUGGAUUAUUGAAAUAUUGAUUUUGUCCUCUAAAUUAACAACUAGAGGAUGCAGCCCUAUUCUGCCAACCUGCUACUUUCAUUUGACUUCAUGAUGUGCAUAAUUCAUACCUUAUCAUAUUGAUACAUUUGAAAUAUGUGUACUUUUUCUGUUCAGGUAAUGUACCUUAGUCACCUUACCAUGGUCCUUUUUGAUGUUGUUGUUGUCUAAGAUCUUUCAUUACUGUAGAUAUCAAUAUUUGUUACAAAGAGUUACACCAAUCUUUUGAUAUGAUCUAAUGUUGAUAGUUUUACCGACAACUUGGAUGAAUGUACGGAGCCUAAGGACAGUCUUUUGUCAUUAUUGUUGUCUCAAUAACGUAGGGGCAACCAGUAUUUGCCUUGAUGUUGUAUUUUAAUAAAGGAUCCUAAAGCAGAUUUACAUUUGUAGGUCAACUUGAAAGAGAUAGAUACCAAAAGUACUGCCAUAAGUGGAUAUAUAGAUAAAAUACAGUUCAGAAUUUCAGCGGAGUGCUCAGACCUGGUACCUACAUGUAACAACAUUCAUUUCUUGGUAUUA